AUGGAACGAGAAUCGAGGAGAAAAAGAAAUAGAAAAUACCCUCCAAAUGAUUCACAAAUUAGAUUCUGCAACCAAAAUUUUCACUUGUUUCCAUCUACGAUGAGCGAUUGGUUGGGCUUUUCCCUUUCCCCUCAUCUUAAAUUCCACCAUCAGGAAGAUGGCGGCGGCGGCGACUACGGUGGUGAUCGGUGUUACUCGGAGCAGUGUGAUUCUUCUUCCAUGGGGGUUAUGACUAUCGAUCCUUUCCAUCCUUCUCCUGAUCAAGGAUGGAGAUUUGAAAAUGGCGAUGAUAGCGGCGGAGGUGGUGGUGGUCCUAAGUUAGAAGAUUUCUUGGGCGGUGGUUGUUAUCCCAUUACUGCAAAAGAAGACGAGGGCGGUGGCGGUGGUGGUGGCGGCAUCAACGUUAAUAUGUCUCCAAACUCUAACUAUCACGAAUAUCAUCAUACGGAUGGUGAUAUUGUAGAGUCUAGAAACGCCGGUGAUUGCUAUUUCUCAAACCCACCGCCACCUGCACCGCAUCCGCCAUCGUCGCCGCCAUGUUUGUUCUACUACGGCUAUCCUUUUUACCCGACAAACCAAAACCCACAGCAAAAUGACUUGAUCCCAACGACAACAAACGGCGUCGUUGUUCCAUACGACGGUGCAAUCACUCCGAUAUCGGAGUUCAAAUCGUGGUUACGUCAACCUUCAAUUCCACCGCCGCCGCCGCCACAACCACCGCCAUUAUCACCCGAUUGCGAUGAUCAACCUGUGAACAACGAUUAUCAGGAGUGCUUGUCACUAGCGGUAACACCUCCAAACGCCAUCAUCCCCAUGCCACCGAACUCAUCAGCGACUGAUAAUCGGAAGCGAGGGGUGUUACAGACGAAAUCAUCAACUAAAGGAGAUGGAACCCCUCGGAAAUCAAUCGAUAGCUUCGGCCAACGAACUUCCCGGUAUCGUGGCGUCACCAGACACCGGUGGACGGGAAGAUACGAAGCUCAUUUAUGGGAUAAUAGUUGUCGGAAAGAAGGUCAAACCAGAAAAGGUCGCCAAGUUUAUCUUGGGGGUUAUGAUAAAGAAGAGAAAGCAGCAAGAGCUUAUGACUUGGCUGCUCUCAAAUAUUGGGGUACUACCACCCACAUCAAUUUCCCUCUAGCAACCUAUGAGAAAGACCUCGAGGUGAUGAAGGAUAUGAGCAGACAAGAAUUUGUGGCCAACUUAAGAAGGAAAAGCAGUGGGUUUUCAAGAGGAGCAUCUAUGUACAGAGGAGUCACAAGACACCAUCAACAUGGAAGGUGGCAAGCUAGAAUUGGAAGGGUUGCAGGCAAUAAGGACUUGUACCUUGGUACUUUCAGUACACAAGAGGAAGCAGCCGAGGCUUAUGAUAUAGCAGCCAUAAAAUUCAGAGGGACAAGUGCUGUAACAAAUUUUGACAUUAGCAGAUACGAUGUUACAAGAAUAUGUUCGAGUUCAACUUUAAUUGCUGGUGAGCUGGCGAAGCGUUCCCCGAGGGAAACCGGGCCCACAAUGGUCGAGGGUUGCAGUGAGCCUGAGCCCAUACUCGCUAUAACAAAUGGAGAGACUUGUGAUGAUUUUGUGGACAUGGUAUGGGAUGGAAACCAGGGGCAUGAAGGUGCAAAUAAUACCGAUAACGAUUCAUCUGGGCCACAAAAUAUGGGCCCGGAGGAGGUCAGAGGCAGACAUGCUGCUGCUGCUGCUGUUACUGCUGAUAAGUGA